CGCUGGCCCGGACCGCGAUCCGUUCUCGGGCAGUCCCAUACUGCUAGGUUGCUGCAGGGUCAGGUUUUGAAGGUCGAAUAUGCAUUCGGAACUAGUAGUGGAUUUCUCUAUCUCAUCUCACGUCGCAGGCCAACACACAGCACCUGGAUGAGCAGCGCAAGAACGAAGAAGGAGUCAUAUCAUCUUGCGAGCUCACGACCAAUAUCAUGGGUGAUGACACUACCGUCUUCGAACUACGCAAAGUCUUGAUUUCGGAGCAAGCCCCUCUAGCGAAGCGAUUUCGUGCGCUCUUUUCACUGAAGCAUCUCGCUGCGCAGACCCCUGCCACCCCAGAGACUUUUCCAGCGAUCGAGGCUAUAGCUGCCGCGUUCUCAUCACCUUCCGCACUUCUCAAGCAUGAGUUGGCGUACUGUCUAGGACAGUCAGGAAAAGAUGAGGCGGUACCGUAUCUGCGGACGGUGAUCGAGGAUAGGCAGGAGGAUGCAAUGUGCCGACACGAAGCGGCCGAGGCACUCGGCGCAUUGGGCGAUCAGAGCAGCCUCGAGCUGUUACGACAAAGGAGAGACGAUGCGACGGAGGAGGAGGUUGUGCGCGAAACAUGCGAAAUCGCUAUAGAGCGGAUAGAGUGGGAACAUUCACCAGCCCGAAUAGACGAGCGACUGAAACAAAGCGAUUUUGCCUCGAUCGAUCCUGCACCACCGCUUGCAGAGACCGCAUCGCAACCCUCAAUAUCGGACCUCCAGCAGACUCUCUUAGACGCUUCACUACCACUCUUCAUGCGCUAUCGAGCAAUGUUCGCUCUGCGUGACCUUGCGUCACCACCAAGCCUUCCCACAGCGGUACCAGCGGUACAAGCUCUGGCCCACGGCUUCCGGGACACCUCGGCGCUUUUUCGACACGAGAUUGCGUUUGUGUUCGGCCAGCUCUCACACCCUGCGUCAAUACCGAGCUUAAUUGAGACACUCAGCAAUCCCACCGAGGCAAGCAUGGUUCGCCAUGAAGCUGCCGAAGCACUUGGCAGCCUCGGCGAGGAAGAGGGCGUGGAGGAUGUGUUGAAGAAGUUCAUCAAUGACCCGGAACAGGUGGUACGUGACAGUAUCGUUGUGGCGCUAGAUAUGGCCCAAUUCGAACGGACGGGCGAGGCAGAGUACGCCACCAUAAUACCCGCACCGCAUCAGGCAGUGGCGGCAGCCUAGGAUCGGUCGAUACGAUACGUGACCAUGCCGGAGAUGUAGCAUAGCGUUCGAUCGUGGAAUCAGUUGUUCGUAUUCCAUUUGUUGCCACACUGCGGGCAUGUAUAAAACACGGUACUGCCUUCGUCGGCUGAACGGAGCUGUUGAGUGUAAUAGCGCACUUCCUCGCAACCGCAUUUGUUACAGGUCUCCUUGAUCGUCGCAUCCAUCUGCAUUUCGGACUCAGUGACUUCCUGCACGUCUGAUCUCAGCCUCGUGCGGAGCGUGGAUGGGAACGCAGAUGGCUUUGACAUCGUCACUACUAUCUUGGAAGAAGUAUCCUUGUUCUGUGUGCCGCAAACGUCGCAAAGGAUGAAAGCUUUGC